AUGGAGCUCUGGCAUCUCCUGUUUUCUUCCUUUUGGGCUCUGCUUGCGGCGACACUAGCCAGAGGUGCUGCCCUCACAACUUCAAUAGCACCCAACGAACGGCUAUGCUUCUUCACUGAUGUAGAGAAGGCGGGACAGAAAAUCGGGUUUUACUUUGCGGUCCAAUCCGGCGGCUCCUUCGACAUUGAUUGGGAAAUCAAGGACCCAGGGCACAGAAUCUUGCUCACCGGAAACCGUGAGCGCCAGGGUGACUAUGUCCUGACCGGAAACAUCCCUGGAGAAUACUCCUUCUGCUUCAUCAACGACAUGUCCACGCUCACCGACAAACUCGUCGACUUUGACAUCUCGGUCGAGAGCGAACCACGACACCAGGCGCCCGCCAAAGCAGGGCAGAUCUCGGAACAGACGAGUGCUCUGGAGGAGAGCAUCUUCCGAUUGAAUGGCAUGCUUAUGAACAUCAAGCGAAUGCAGAAGCACCAUCAUACCCAAGAGAACCGUGGUUUCGAUAUAGUGAAAACAACCCAGAAUCAACUGUUCUGGUACGCCAUCUUGGAGAGUCUGACAAUCAUUGGCAUGGCUAUUUUCCAGGUUUACGUCCUCCAGACCUUCUUCACAAAGACAGGUCGACGAUACAAGGUCUAG